AUCAAAUCCCAACAGAGCGAAGUCACCAGGAUCCUGGAUGGGAAAAACAUCAAGUACGAGCUGGUGGAUAUCUCCCAGGACAACGCUCUGCGGGAGGAGAUGAGGGCGAAGGCGGGCAACCCCAAAGCCAUCCCACCCCAGAUCGUCAACGGAGACCACUACUGUGGGGAUUACGAGCUCUUCGUGGAAGCUGUGGAGCAGAACACCCUGCAGGAGUUCCUGAAGCUGGCCUGAGCCCCUGGCUCCCCUCCCAUCCUGGACUCUACCUGCAUUCCUGAGCACCCUCAUCUCUGACCACCUUCACUUCCAGGUUGUCAGCACUGUCCUGGCACCGCGACCCGUAUCCCAGCACAGGGGAAACCCAUGACCAAAACUACUCCUUGCAGCUGCCUACGAAUCCCUCCUGCCUAACCCCAACAUCAUCUCAGAGGGAUCCAAAGAAAGCCUGACGCUCGCUGCGCGCGGCCUCUGAGCAGAGCUGGGCCUGGCUCACACUGCAGCUUCCAGUGCCUCUGUAAACAGCAAAGCCUCUGGGGCUGUGUGAAGUGCAGCCUCUGUCAGUCCUCUCCCCUGCAUGGAGACCUCCUGCCUUGGGAGGGAAGGGCUCAGGGUUGCAUGUUACUUCCCACUUCUCCCAGCUGCUGUUAAAAUCGUAAAUCCUGCUGCCUCACUUCCUCUUCUUU